AUGGCCGAGAACAAGGAACUGGAACUAGCCUUCAAAGCGGGCACAGACCCUCAGCUCCCGCUGGCCUCGCUGCGUCUUCUUGUCCCUCCCCUCCGCUUGAUGUCGGCGUGCAUGUGGCGCGUUGCCCAGCAACGCAACGUACAGCAGUACGGGAAGCUGGCGGAGUUCGUCACCUUGCUCAUCCUGGAGAUGCUGCAGAGUGAGGAGCAGUCAGACAGUCCGGCGCUCCAGAAGCAGCUGAACAGCGUCCGCCUGCUGAAGACCAAUGGCCCAGGAGAAGAGAAAGUCUUCCCGGAGCAUUAUGGAUCCCGCUUCGACACAACGCUGCAGGUGGUGGUGUGGGAGUUCCUCUGUCGGCUGGAGGAGCUGCUCCCGGUGUCGGGGUUCUGUGAGGUGGCCUCCAACUUCCACCUUGAUUCCCUGGACCCCGAUGCUCACCACUUUAUCUCCGACCCUGAAGACUUUACUACUCUUCUGAAGCAUCGACAAAAAGGCUGGAAGUUGAAGAAGAGUAAGAUCCUGCUUUUGCGGCUCGGCCCCCGGGCUGAGGACUACUUCAUCGAGGAGGGGGCAGCGAGGGAGAGCGUACCGGGGCGCGACCUCCGGGAGCAGGGUGAGGCAGACCGCGUCCCGGUGAGUUCCGGCAGCCCCCCUGGCUCCGCCCCCGUGGCCGCCCGGAGCCAGUCCUGCCCGUACUGCGGCCAGAGGUUCAGCAGCUGGGCGGAGCUGCUGGGCCACCGCUGCAGCGUGCACGGCGCCAUUGGGCGGGGCUUCCAGUGCGGCCGCUGCCAGAGACAGCUGUUCUCCCAGAAGGCCCUGACGCGGCACCUCAUGGCGCACGCCACGGGGCCUGAAGGGGCGGGGCCUGAAGGGGCGGGGCUCGAAGGGGCGGGGCUCGAAGGGGCGGGGCCAGGGCUGCAGUGCGAGCAGUGCCUGCGGCGGCUGGGCUCGGAGAACGCCUUGAGGUCGCAUCUCCUGGCGCACGAGCAGCAGGCGGCGGCGGCGGCGGCGGCGCGGACCUUCCAGUGCGACCAGUGCCAGCGGCAGCUGGGCUCGGAGAAGGCCCUGAGGAAGCACCAGGCGACGCACGGGGUCAACCGCUCGGUGGUCUGCCCGCAGUGCAACAAGGUGCUGAAGUCGGUCCACUGGCUGAAGACACACCUGCGCCUGCACACCGGGGAGAGGCCCUUCCCCUGCACCUUCUGCGGGAAGCGCUUCAAGGAGAAGGGCGUGCUCCGGGCGCACCUGAAGCUGCACGGCGCCGAGUAUGCCUACCUCUGCAGCGAGUGCGGCAAGGGCUUCAACCACAUGACGUCGCUGGUGCAGCACAACCGCAUGCACAGCGGGGAGAAGCCCUUCCCCUGCAACGCGUGCAGCCGGCGGUUCGCCUCGUCGCAGCGGCGCCGCGUGCACCAGCUCAUACACACGGGCGAGCGACCGCACCCCUGCACCCACUGCGACAAGAGGUUCCGGACCGGCAACUCUCUGACCAGGCACGUCCGGACGCACACCGGGGAGAAGCCGUACCAGUGUGUGGUGUGCAGCAAGCGCUUCCAGCAGAGCUCCAACAUGAAGAUCCACAUGCGCGUUCACACCAAAGAGAAGAAGAACGGGCCCCUCAAAGACGCCUGGCCCCGUCACGAUCCAUGCGACUAUCGAGGAGAGCCACUGACGCAACCAUCAUACCGGGGAGGCGACCGUCCAGACCCCGUUGGGUCGAACCAGAACCAGCCGCCCGGUGGGUCGAGAGCAACGACGAUGGCUGUCAACAACGACACCUUCCUCGACGGCACAGACGCUCAGCUCCCGCUGGCCUCGCUGCGUCUUCUUGUCCCUCCCCUCCGCUUGAUGUCGGCGUGCAUGUGGCGCGUUGCCCAGCAACGCAACGUACAGCAGUACGGGAAGCUGGCGGAGUUCGUUACCUUGGUAACGGAGAUGGUUCCAGAACUUCUGACUCCCAGGCAGAUGGCUGAGCUCGUAUUGGGACUGCGGGCGAGGUUCAUCCUGGAGCUGGUGCAGGGGGACGACGAGUUGGACAGUACAGCGAUCGAGGAGCAGUUGAUCGCCAUCCAGCUGUUGACAACACCGGACACACCGGAAGAGUUCCCUGACGGAGAUCUAGGGGUUUCAAAGACGGCCUUUGUGGAACUGGUUCAAACAUUCACAGACAAAAAGUCUUUCAGAAAAAAAGAAGAUUUUUUCAAGAACUCCUUCCCAGAACACUACGGAUGUCGUUUUGACACAUCUCUCCAGAUCCUUGUGUGGGAGUUUCUGUCACGGCUGGAGGAGCUUCUCCCAGUCUCUAGUUUUGUUGAGGUGGCCUCCCACCCGGACCUCGACUCACUCGUCCCCCGACUGGAGGAGUUCGGAUCAGACAUGGAAGAUUUAAGAACGCUCUUCCAGCACCCAACCAGAGGGUCAGCGAAGUUAGAGAAGAACCGCUUCCCCUUCAGGUCGGCCGUCAUUCUGUCCUCGCUGGCGUCCAAAGGGACCAGCUUGACCCCGGGUGACCCCUUCAGCGAGGAGGGGGGCGAGGCCGCCGCACGGCUACAGGAGGAGCCGUCUCUUCUCCGCCGCUCCUCCGGCCGCCACGACCGACCGUCCGUCCAGGCGGAGCCCAGCGGCGACCGAACCGCAGAGGACGUCCGAUUGGCUGACGGUGGUGGCGGCGGCGACGCCCAGAACGCCGGCGGGCCCACCCCGGGCUCCGCCCUCGACGGCGGCCGGAGCCACUCCUGCCCCCAGUGCGGCCGCGCCUUCCCCCGCUGGCCGGACCUCCUGGAGCACCGCUGCCCCGCCGCGCCCCCCCCCCAGCCCGCCCCGCCGCGGCGCGCCAAGCAGGUGUACCAGUGCGAGCGCUGCCCGCGGCGGCUGGUCUCGGAGGGCGGGCUGCAGAGGCACCUGCAGGCGCACCGGCGCGGGGAGGAGCCUAUCGUGUGCCCGCAGUGCGGCAAGACGUUCACUCACCGCUCCUCGCUCACGGUACACCUGCGCCGCCACUCGGGGGCGCGGCCCUUCGCCUGCUCCGUCUGCGGCAAGGCCUUCAAGGAGAAGGGCGUGCUGAAGACCCACCUGCGCGUGCACUCGCCGGACCAGCCCUACCUGUGCAGCGAGUGUGGGCGGGGCUUCAGGUACCUGACCUCGUACGAGCUGCACCUGCGCAGGCACGCGGGCGUGAAGCCCUUCCAGUGCGACGGCUGCGCCCGGCGCUUCUUCACGGCGCAGCAGCUGAAGGAGCACGAGCGCGUGCACACGGGCGAGCGGCCGUACGCCUGCGAGCGCUGCGAGAAACGCUUCAGCACCAAGAACCACCUGAAGAGACACGUCCGGGUCCACACCGGGGAGAAGCCCCACCGCUGCCCCUACUGCGACAAGGGCUUCACCCAGCAGUCCAACAUGAAGAUCCACCUGCGCGUCCACAGACACGACAGCUCCAGCAGGAAGAGGAAGCCCCCACCGUCAGGGGGGCCGGGGGGGCCCUGACAGCGGGAUGUCAUUGGAUGGUAUCCUUCGGUGAACAGAAGAUAUCUGAUGGUGAAGUCCCCCCCAGAGCAUCAUGCAUACGACAAUGUACCUCUGAAUGUAAACACUGUAUGCUGACACUAUUACUGGUGUUAUUCCAUUAGCACUCUUGGCCGUACCAUAGCGGGUUGAUUUGCGUUUCCACUCCCAGUUUAAACGUUCCGAACUCUGACCGAGGCCUGCUCGAGAAGGACCACCUCCGAUGUCGGGCCUGUGGGUUCCCAUAACACUACGAUUGCUGCCAUUUUGUUGGCUGUACUCGAUAGAAAGCUGUGAUGUUAUAUUAAAUAAAUCAUCACCUGGCAAAAGGGUCUCACUGUUUUUGUACUUCUUUUUUAUUCGCUGGGAUUUUUUUUUUUACUUGAAAAAAUAAACAUCUGUCAUCAUUUAUCAUUCAAGUUUGAAAGUGCUUUAUGUGAAAGUAUGCUGUGCAUUUAGUAAAGUAACGUUUUGUGAACCUUCAGUGAGGUGACAAUGGAGGCUCUGGUGUUUCUGCUGGUGGUUCUUCCACUGUCUGUUCCCCCUGAGAAGUGUCUCCUACUUUUGUAAAAUAUAUUAUGAAGAUGGCCUAUAUUAAAAUGCAAUAUUUUAAUUUUAACUACUGAGCUCAGUGGUAUUUUUUAAGUA